AGCGCCAUCUUGUUUGUAACUCUUCUACGUAAGUGGUAGAGUUUCUACCGAGGGGGUAUCCGAUUACCCUUCUUCCAGCAUUAGACUGGUAUCCUCUCCCUGUAGUACUCGGGCGGAUAUCGCAUUUGCUUUAUCGCCUUUCUCUUUGAAAGAUUAGGCCACAGUGUUUUCGAAGUGGACAGAAAUGAGCAUCGAAACGCUUCUGGAAGCAGCCAAGUUUUUGGAAUUGCAAGCCCAGCAACAACAGAAAGCACGUGAGGAUGACCUAAAGGAGAAGCAGCGUCUGGAGCAGUUUUCUCAGCAGAGGCACGCUGCUGUGCUCUACAACUCAACUAUCCACAUCAACAAUGUUUCUAAAGGGGACGCUCUGCGCUCUGGGGGCCGCCCGGGGCCCAUCCCGCCCUCUCUGCCUCCCCCGUCUAUGGCCAUCACUGUCAUCCCCAUCCCUGUGGUCACCCCUAACCCUGCAGGCUCACCCACGCUGCCCGUCGCCACGCUCUCCCCCCCUGCUGCUCCCCCGCCUGCCGCCACGCUGCCGCGCUCUCCACAGCCCAAACCUGAGCCCUCGGUGCUGACCGCCAACCACAAGCAGCUGAUACAGAGCCUCCACCCGCAGCUCCUCACCCAGACUAACAAUGCUAAACUGCAGCAGCUGGUGCAGCGCUACCCGGGGUCCAUCGUCUCGCCCCCGCAGCAACAUGCCAUCCUGCCUCAGACGAGCCCCGUGCUGCAGCAGGCCCCUCUGCAGAACGGCCACGCCAGCCGGGGGAGUCCGCCUGACGACGGCCGCCUGCUCGACGGCCGCCUGCUCGACAAGAAGAGACCGGGAGGGGCAGGCACAAGAGAAGUGCAUAACAAGCUUGAGAAAAACAGACGAGCACACUUGAAGGAGUGCUUUGAGACGCUGAAAAAGAACAUCCCCAACAUCGACGAGAAGAAGACCUCCAAUCUGAGCGUGCUGAGGAGUGCGCUGAGAUACAUUCAGACGUUGAAGCGGAAAGAGAAGGAGUACGAGCACGACAUGGAGCGGCUGGCCAGAGAGAAGAUCGCCAUGCAGCAGCGGUUAGCGGAGCUGAAGAACGAGCUGAGCCAGUGGAUGGAUGUGAUGGAGGUGGACCGCGUGCUGCGACAGACCGUACAGCCGGAGGAGGACCAGGCCUCCACCUCCACCGCCUCAGAAGGUGAAGACAUCAUGGAUGAAGACCUGGAAGAAGAGAUUGCGCCGAGAGCACAGACUGCCUUACCCACCGUGCCUCAAACCAUGAAACCUGAUCUGUACCGGACUGCACCCCCCACUCAGGCCCCCAACCUGGCCCCCAGCACUACCUCCUUCAUCACCCAGCACAUCUCCAUCCAGCACAAAGUCCCUCAGCUCCAUCCGCUCACAGUGACUCCUCAACAGCCAGGGUUCAAACCUGCAGUCCCCCAUACACUCUCCUCCCCCUGCCCUCCCAUCAGCCUCACGCAGACCCUCGUCCCCACCCAAACACAGAUGGUGACGACGUCCAGCCUCCACCCCACAGUCAUAGCCCACGCUUCAGUAUCCCACCCCUCAGUCAUACAAGCAGUGAACCACGUCAUCCAUGGAGGGGGUCACAAACGCAUCACCCACCUGGCUUCCUCCACCAGCACGGUCCAGUUAGCCCACCAACCCAUCGGCCACAUCACCGUGCACCCGGUGGCCCACCUCCACCAGCACCUUUACCCCCAGCAGGUGGCCGUCACACAGUCGGCCAUGAUGGGUCGCAUCACCCACACCAUAAACCACGCCCCCCCUCACAUGAACGGCACUGUGACUAGCCAACCCGCUGCCACCAUCAUGGGCAAGCAGACAACAGUGAACACCCAGAUGGUGACGCACCACCCGCAGCUGGUGGGUCAGACGGUGCUCAACCCUCUGACUAUGGUGACCAUGCCCUCCUUCCCCAUCGGCACUCUGAAGCUGGCCUGAACCCCACGUAGAGGACCACCAGGCUGGGAGAAGGGGACGUCCCUCGAUAUGGGGGAACUACAGGCCUUAGAUCAGGCCUCUGAGGAGCCCACCGUGAGGGCCGGAGAUCUGCGGGACCCCUCGCUGAUCUAGAGUUUGACUUUCAUUCACAAGCAUUACAGCUGAUGGAAAGCCGGGAACAUUCCUACAACAAACCCUCUUUAAAGAGUCUUUCACCGGUGUCCUGAGAUCUUUAUCCUGAAUUUGGGAUUUGAUUGAAUUCCUCUUGAGCAAGUCUGGCAAUAUAUAUGGUGGGCAGAUGUUAAGACGUCACUCUCUGCAUAAAGGGAAGUCUUGUGCUGCCACUACACUGUCUAUUAGGGCUGAAUCAUCUGUCGGUGACCCCCUUACCAGUCAAUGUGCCUACAUAAUAUUUCUGCACUUGGAAAGCAAAAUUAGGAUAGCUUAAUCGAAGAAGAACCUAGUAAACAAUGUAAUCAUAGACACAUGGUUGUGUAGAUGUUAAUGGCUCUCCUUAAGGGAGAGCGGGUGCAGCGAGCAAGUCCGGGAAGUAUUAAGAUCCGCAGAGUGGAAGAAAAGGAACAUAAUGUCAAAUCUUUGAAUUGAACAGCCAAAUCUGAUUUACUUCAAAUAAAUCUGAUCUGGGUAUAGCAAGCCUAGUGUCCAUGUCCGCAGCAUGUCACCGUGUUCAUGGAGGUACUUGCUGCUGGUUAUCACUGUGGAUUAACAUAUAUGAUGUAGUGGAGAAGCCACUCUGUGAGACUGAGUGUAGGAUCACUGCUGGACCCGCCAUAACCAGCACAUUGGGAAUGUGAUGUAGAGGAGCUCCUCCUCAACAGAGGCACAUGCUGCAGGGCUGGAGUCAAAUCCCGGACUGAACCGAAGCUCCUGAGCGGAGCAUCAGCCGUCAGUGAUGCUGCAUACAGCUAUAGCCCCCCCUGCUGGCUGAUUGGGCUCAAUCUAAUGCUAAUAUUCCUGUGACUAUUAAAACACUUCUAAUAUAGUAUAAUACUGAUGGUUCUCAUUCAAACAACGGCCAUUUAAAGUAAAAAGAACAUGCAGUUUUGUCAGGGUUUGUAUUUUUAUCGUGGACACUGAAAUUGUUACUUUAUUUAGGAUAUAGCUAUGUUUUGGUCACAGCUGCUAAUAUAUGUUUUAAAUAUUUUUGCCAAACAGAAUCAGUUCCAAACACCCCCUAAAAGUCACAACACAGUGGUGUGUUUAAAAACUAAACACAUGAGAUACGAACUCAGAAGCUACAAGGUGAGGGAUUGCUUUUGAAUUUUGAAUGUGAAUACAUAAAAAAGGUCCAUCAAAUAUAGUUACAUGUGUUUCUAUGCUGUCUUCAAGGGCAAAUGGUAGUAGUAUGGGUGUUUGCAUGCUGUGAAUGCAUGUCAUGACUGUAUUUGUGAUAAUCCUGAAAGCAAGCUGUAGACUCUAGAGGGUCUGUCUGACUUCAACAUGUUGCAGUAGGAAUGUAAUAUUUCUUUGCUCAGAGUUUUAAGUGAUUUCAACACCCAACAUUGAUGAAAUCAAUCAGUGAUUUUUCAAGACUAUUCUUUUCCAAAGCUAGCACUGUGAACAUUUCUAUUAGCCUCAAUGAGCAGCAGUUAAGCGUAGCACUUGUUCUCCUUAUUUAUUCUGAAUGUACUCAUCUGUGAAAGGAUGUGGAGAAGUGCACUCAUCAGAAGUUAAGCCCUUUUUUUCUUAUGUUUUUUUUAAAGAAAUAUACUUUAUGAAAGUAUCACGUGUAAAGUGUAACAUUUAAAAGAUUUACUGUUGCUUGUUUCAUGUGGAGAAUGACUUCUUCUGUUCAGUAUAACAUUUGAUAAUAUAGUUGUUUUUUCUGGGACCAUGUAUAGUGCUGUUUAUCGGGGUGGCAACUACACAGACCUCUUUUCACGUUGAUAUCUCAUUCGGCCACUUUGGAAAGUAUUCACCCCGUAAUUGUUUUCUAUUUUGUUUCGAUGCAAUAUGAUUAAAGCAGGGACUAUUAGUUCUCUUUUUAACUGAUUUUCUCCUCAAUAGUUUAUGCAAAUCGUCCUGAAGAAAUCAUAUUGUAGCAAAACAAAAUGUGUUAAAAUGAACAGGGAUUCAGAUACUUGAAGAAGCAACAAUAUACUCCUGUGUUUUCCCUAUGGAGAAAGUUUAAAUUGUAUAUAGCCUGUAAAUGUUGGGCUGCAUUUAGUUCUAACUGUAUUAUGUAAAAUGCUGGGGAAGAUAUGUCAAAUUUAUAAAAGCUACUUAAUAAAUUGUAUUAUGUUUA